GUUAGUUCAUAGCGAAUAUAUUUUCAUUGAGGUUGGCCAAAUUGCGACUGAAUUUAAGAAUCAGAAAAUAUUGAAAUAUUACAGCAACAUAUAUACAAUAUUGCAAAAGAUAAUAAAAAGUGAUCAGAACGUUUAUCUUUAAAAUAUUUAAAGUAAAUUCAUUUGCACCAUGGUAAAAAAGAGAACUGAAUUUGAGCAGAGUAAGGAAGAACGUAUGUUAAUGACAAUUGGAGAAAUUAUACAGGAAUUGUUAAAGGCUCAUCAUGAAAAUCGAGAUGUCGACCUAAACAGAUUGAAAACUCGAAUUGCUUCAAAGUAUGGCUUGGAUUCCUCCCCUAAAUUAGUUGACAUUAUAGCAGCAGUACCUAAUGAUGCUAAACAUAUACUUCUACCAAAGUUGAAAGCUAAACCUGUCAGGACAGCUAGUGGAAUUGCUGUUGUAGCAGUAAUGUGCAAACCUCAUAGAUGCCCACAUAUUAAUAUGACAGGAAAUAUCUGUGUAUAUUGCCCUGGAGGACCAGAUUCUGAUUUUGAAUAUUCCACACAAUCUUAUACUGGAUAUGAGCCUACAUCAAUGAGAGCAAUACGUGCAAGAUAUGAUCCUUUCUUGCAAACUAGACACCGUGUUGAACAAUUGAAACAAUUAGGACAUAGUGUUGAUAAAGUUGAAUUCAUUGUUAUGGGGGGUACUUUCAUGUCCUUACCAGAGGAUUACAGAGAUUAUUUUAUACGAAGUUUACAUGAUGCAUUGUCUGGUCAUGUAAGCAGUAAUGUUGAUGAAGCAGUCAAGUUCUCUGAACGUAGUCGUACAAAAUGUAUUGGUAUUACUAUCGAAACUAGGCCUGAUUACUGUCUCAAGAAACACCUUUCAGAUAUGUUGCGUUAUGGAUGCACGCGUUUAGAAAUUGGCGUACAAUCCGUGUACGAAGACGUAGCGCGUGAUACCAACAGAGGACAUACAGUACGUGCUGUAUGCGAAAGUUUUCAACUAGCAAAAGAUGCUGGAUUCAAAGUGAUAGCUCACAUGAUGCCAGACUUGCCGAAUGUUGAUAUCGAACGAGACAUUUAUCAGUUCAUUGAAUUUUUCGAAAACCCGGCAUUCCGAGCAGACGGAUUAAAAAUUUAUCCGACAUUAGUUAUACGUGGUACUGGCUUGUACGAACUGUGGAAAACUGGCAGAUAUAAAAGUUAUGCACCUAGUGUGCUCAUUGAUCUUAUAGCUCGUAUUCUGGCUCUAAUACCACCAUGGACUCGCGUCUAUCGCGUACAACGCGACAUACCCAUGCCACUAGUGAGUUCUGGCGUAGAACAUGGGAAUCUUCGUGAAUUAGCUUUAGCCAGAAUGAAAGAUCUAGGUACAGACUGCCGUGAUGUUAGAACACGCGAAGUCGGGAUUCAGGAAAUACAUAAUAAAGUGCAACCAUACGAAGUCGAGCUUAUACGGCGCGACUAUGUGGCUAAUAAUGGGUGGGAAACAUUUUUAUCAUAUGAAGACCCUAUGCAAGAUAUUUUAAUUGGUUUACUCAGGCUGAGGAAGUGCUCCGAAGGAACAUUUAGGUCAGAAUUGAAGGAAAAAACUUCUAUAGUAAGAGAGCUUCAUGUUUAUGGUAGUGUAGUGCCUAUUAACACUCGAGAUCCUACAAAAUUCCAGCAUCAAGGUUUUGGAUCUUUGCUUAUGGACGAAGCUGAACGAAUCGCUAAAGAGGAACAUGAAUCUCAUAAAAUUUCUGUAAUUUCAGGUGUAGGCACACGUAAUUAUUACCGAAAAUUAGGUUACGAACUUGAUGGUCCAUAUAUGUCCAAAAUACUUAUAUGACAAAAUAAUAAAAGGAAUAUUU